AUGAGACCCCAACAGUACAGGAAGCUUGCAGAAUCGCUGCCCCCUCGAUUAACCCGAUUCUUCGCGCGCUACCCACCACAAGCCAUCGUCUCGGCGUCCGACGCAGCUCCUUCAAAUACAUCGCCCUCCGCUUCAGCAGCACCAUCCGCAGACCAAGAUGCGGCAAACGCUGUAGAGGGUUUCCAAAAUCCUUUCCGAACGCAGAAGCACCCAAUCACGGGGAGAUGGCAUGAUCCGAAAUACUCCUUGCGGAGACAGGCAGACCUAGUCAAACUCGCGCGCCAAAAUGGCGUUGAGGAGCUGCUACCAUUUACAGUGAAGGGCACCGAAGAGAGGCUUCGGAAGAGGAUGGAGAAUGGGCUCAGGGUGAAGGGAACAGGUAUUGGGCAGCGCGUGAAGGGGAAAGAAUCCGAGCGGACACUCAAGGGACGAGGGGCCAUGGUCGUGGAUGGAAGAAAUGGCCGAAAUAAAGCAAGCAAUCAGGAUUCUGGGAAUGGUAUCCGUCUUGGGAUACUGCUGUAUCAAUAUUACACGGGAUGCGAACUGCAUGGGACUGGCGUUAGAACAGGAACUGUGGUUCAAGUGUAUAUCAACUCUGCUAGAAGCUACGAGAGGGGGAGUCGAAACCAGCGACUGAGCCAAUACAUUAUUACCCAAAGUCGUAUGACUGUUUGA